GAUUCCAAUUACAUUGUACUCUAGUGCUCUCUCAUUACCUAUCCUUUAUAUAUAUAAGUACGCGACAAGCAGCUGGUAAUUGAGAGAGAGAGUGGAGCGGAGGUGAUAGCAAAUUAUAAGAAAUGUGGCGACAGUGCCGGAAACUGAGCGGCAGCUCUACUGCGAACUCGGAGCGAGCUUUGAAGGAGAAGAAAUGGGACGCACUGGUGAUCGGCGGUGGCCAUAACGGCCUAACCGCUGCUGCCUACCUUGCUCGCUCCGGCCUCUCCGUCGCCGUCCUCGAGAGACGCCACGUCAUCGGCGGUGCUGCCGUCACCGAGGAGCUUGUUCCUGGCUUCAAAUUCUCCCGUUGUAGCUACCUCCAAAGCCUCCUCCGCCCCUGCGUCAUCAAAGAACUAGAGCUAAAACGACAUGGAUUAAAGCUAUUAAAGAGAAAUCCAUCAUCAUUUACUCCCUGUCGUGAUGGACGCUAUCUCAUGCUUGGUAGAGAUAAACAGCAUAACUAUUCUGAAAUUUCCAAGUUCUCCGAACGUGAUGCCAAGGCUUUUGCGAGGUAUGAGAACCAGCUAGACAAGUUCUGCAAAUUUUUGGAUCCACUUUUGGAUUCUUCACCACCUGAAGCUCUACAAGGAAAUCCAUCUUUUAAUGCCCGACUGCAUAAUAAGUUAGAGAAAUCAGCCUUUUGGUCUCACUGCCUACGAAGUGCACUCACAUUGGGACAAAAUGACUUACUGGAAUUUAUGGAUCUUUUACUCUCUCCAGCAUCAAAGGUUCUAAAUAACUGGUUUGAGACUGAUGUUCUGAAAUCAACUCUUGGAACUGAUGCAGUGAUAGGGACCACGGCAAGUGUACAUACACCUGGAAGUGGAUAUGUCUUGCUACAUCACGUGAUGGGAGAAACUGAUGGUGACCGUGGUAUUUGGUCGUAUGUUGAAGGGGGAAUGGGCUCAGUGUCUUUGGCCAUUGCUAACGCUGCUAGGGAGGCUGGUGCAGUUGUAGUGACUAGUGCAGAGGUCUCAGAGUUGAUAAUUGAGGACAGCGGUAGAGCUUCUGGGGUGUUGUUGGCUGAUGGAACACCAGUGUAUUCUUCAGUUGUCUUGUCAAAUGCAACUCCUUACAAGACUUUCAUGGAUCUUGUACCUAAAGAUGUGCUUCCUGAUGAUUUCCUUCGUGCAAUAAAGUUAUCUGAUUACAGUUCUGCAACUACCAAAAUCAAUUUGGCAAUUGACAGACUCCCACAGUUCAAGUCCUGCAACUUAAGUCAUCCUGAUGCUGGGCCACAACAUACUGGCUCCAUUCACAUCGGUUCUGAGUGUUUUGAGGACAUGGCUGCUGCUGCACAGGAUGCUGAAAAUGGAGUACCAUCUCGAAGACCUAUAAUUGAAAUGACAAUCCCUUCUGUCCUUGAUAAGACCAUUUCUCCUCCUGGCAAGCAUGUUGUUGGUUUGUUUAUCCAGUACACACCGUACAAGCCAUGUGAUGGAAGCUGGGAAGACCCUACAUACAGAGAAGCAUUUGCUCAGAGAUGCUUUAGCCUAAUAGAUGAAUAUGCUCCUGGAUUCAGCUCAUCUGUUAUUGGUUACGACAUGUUGACUCCUCCAGAUCUUGAAAGAGUAAUUGGUCUGACAGGGGGGAAUAUCUUCCACGGUUCCAUGGGAUUAGAUUCAUUGUUUCUCAUGAGACCAGUAAAAGGAUGGUCAAACUAUAGGACUCCACUGCAAGGUUUAUAUUUGUGCGGUAGUGGGGCACAUCCUGGUGGAGGAGUAAUGGGAGCCCCAGGGCGCAAUGCUGCACGCGUGGUUAUUCAAGACAUUAAGAAACAGUAACUGAUGCUAACCCUGAACCAAGUAAAAAAAAAAAAAAAAAAAAAAAAAAGAAACAGAAAUUCUAUUGAUUCCCGAUUUGAGCAUUGAGGAUCAUACGAUUCGUUUAAGCUUCGGGAGCACUGGGGUUCAGUUACCUCAUCGGCUACAGGUAAGACUAUUUGUACUAAGAACAUCGUACUGUGCAUUAGAUUUCUUGAAGUUGUUGGAUGGAGUUGGCUAACUCCAUUUACUUUCUUCCCUUUUGUUUGUUGGGAGUGUUAAAUGUUUUAUCAGGAUGUUUUUUAUUUAAAAAAUGCAUUUCUAAAUUUAAA